GGCCCUUUCUCCUUAAAAUCUCUCGCCCCCUCUCCCCCUUUCUCGAAAACCCUCUCUCUCUCUCUCCAUGUGUGUAGAGAGGUCGAACACUUGAUAGAGAACGAAGAAAUUUAAAUUUAGCUUCGAAUCCUACUCGAAUUCGAGCAAUUAAUCGAUUUCGAGUCAUGGAUUUGAUUUCAUGUGGUCAUCCUACCGUGUCAUCUCACCGCGUAGCAAUCCCUAGCUGUAAAUUUGCCUCAAAAACCCUAGAUUUGAAGCGCCCAGUUGUUGCUCUACGAAGAAGAGCUCAGAUCUCAUGUGUUAGGGCAAAACCUCAAGAUAAUGCGAAAUCUGAGAAUUUAGAUCUGAAAGAAAGGCUCAGAUUGUUAGGUUUACUCGAGGGGCUUCGAAAUCGUGCCAACCCCCCGGAGAUCACUGUCGAAAGCCGGAGUUAUUACGUGACCGACAGCGAUGUGGGUUUAACGAAUUUUCCUAAGAAAGUUGGUGAAGUCGCGAAGGUUGUGAUACCCGGCUUGCCCGAUGAGUCGAGUGGCGAGCGUGGGUCGCAAAUUAGCAGCGGUUUCUGGGAGUGGAAGCCGAAUUUGUUGGUGCACUAUGAGAAAUCUGGUGUGGAGAACACUAGCGCGCCGGUGGUGCUAUUUCUUCCUGGGUUUGGUGUCGGGACUUUUCACUAUGAGAAGCAGCUAAAGGAUCUCGGUCGUGAUUAUAGGGUGUGGACACUGGACUUUUUGGGGCAGGGCAUGUCUCUGCCGUCCAAAGAUCCCACGUCUAAUAAAGAGGGACAAGAAAGCAAUGAUGGGGAAGGGGUGUGGGGGUUCGGAGAUAAAUCAGAGCCGUGGGCGCAGGAGCUGGUCUACUCGGUCGAUUUGUGGAAAGACCAAGUUCAGAAUUUCAUCGAACAGGUAAUUGGUGAACCUGUUUAUGUUGUUGGGAACUCUCUUGGAGGCUUUGUCGCUCUCUACUUUGCAGCAUGCAACCCGCAUCUCGUGAAGGGAGUUACGCUGCUCAAUGCAACACCGUUCUGGGGAUUCCUCCCCAACCCUGUAAGAUCGCCUAGAUUGUCCAAGCUCUUUCCAUGGGCCGGCACAUUUCCUCUACCGCCAAGUGUGAGGAAGCUCAUUGAAUUUGUAUGGAGGAAGAUAAGCGACCCGAGAAGUAUACAAGAGGUGCUGAAGCAAGUUUAUGCUGAUCAUUCUACAAAGGUUGACAAGGUCUUCUCUCGCAUUAUCGAAACGACACAGCAUCCUGCCGCUGCUGCAUCAUUUGCCUCCAUUAUGUGUGCUCCACAGGGGCAGCUAUCUUUUAGAGAAGCAUUAUCCAGGUGCCAAAAGCAAGGAAUCCCUAUCUGUCUCAUGUAUGGUAGAGAGGAUCCGUGGGUUAGACCCAUCUGGGGCCUUAAAAUCAAAAGGCAACUUCCGGAGGUUCCGUACUAUGAGAUAAGCCCCGCUGGUCACUGCCCACAUGAUGAGGUUCCCGAGGUUGUUAACUUUUUGUUGCGUGGGUGGAUAAAGAACCUCGAGUCUCAGGGUUCGGUUCCGCUACCAUUUCUUGAAGAACCGGAGUACAUUCAGAGCAGCAUGUCCAGAGAAGUGGAGUACGUGAAAGAAGGAUCGAGGAAAUCAGUUCAGGUUCGUUUUCUGGGUUCAAAGUCUUCUUUCUGGAAUCAGAUGGGCUCUUUCUUGAGAUCGAGUAUUUCGAAUCCGCGAAUCCUUUCCAGAUAGGGAAAGCCUACUGUAGCUCCCUUCCCUUGCUUUCCCGAGCCUCUGUAAAUUGCUUUGGUAUUUUCAUAUUAUUUGUUGUGUGAAAAAAAGUGUGUUGAUAGGUUAUGAAUACACAAAGGCCAGGAAUAUUUUUAGAUUUCUCACCACAAUUCUGUAGUAGAAUAUACAUGAAAUAGAUUAAUACAUAGAGAUAGAGAUCAUACAGGGGGAAAAGGCUUUAGCCUUUAUUUGACUCAAUAUUUUUGGUCCACUUUAAA